UCAUCUGAGUCCAACAGCAAAGAAAUCAGCACCAUGAAGCGGCUCAUCAUUCUGUCCGCCCUUGUGGUUUUCACUGAAUGCUUUCUUCAUAGGGUUCCCCUGAUCAAGGGAAAGUCUGCCAAGGAAGCCUUGCAGGAGAAAGGAAUAUGGGAGGAGUACAGGAGAAAUCACCCAUAUAACCCAAUGGCCAAGUUCUACCAGACUGGUUUGGAGCCAAUGAGCAAUUAUGCUGACAUGUCCUACUAUGGUGUGAUCUCCAUUGGGACUCCUCCUCAGUCCUUCACUGUCAUCUUUGACACUGGCUCUUCCAACCUGUGGGUCCCUUCAGUCUACUGCUCGAGCCAAGCCUGUGAGAACCACAAUAGGUUUAACCCACAGCAGUCCUCCACCUUUGAGUGGGGCAACCAGGCUCUUUCCAUCCAGUACGGCACUGGCAGCAUGAAUGGAUAUCUGGCAAAUGACACUGUUGAGGUGGGCAGCAUCACUGUGGCUAACCAGGUGUUUGGAAUGAGCCAAACAGAGGCUGAUUUCAUGGUCCACCUUCCGGCAGAUGGCAUCUUGGGACUGGCCUUCCAGAGCAUUGCUUCCGACGAUGUUGUCCCUGUCUUCUGUAACAUGGUCGAGCAGAACCUCGUGUCCCAGCCUUUGUUCUCUGUGUAUCUGAGCAGGAACAGUCAGCCGGGCAGCGAGGUGAUUUUUGGUGGUGUUGACAGAAGCCACUACACUGGCCAAAUCACCUGGAUCCCUUUGACUUCAGCCACCUACUGGCAGAUCAAGAUGGACAGUGUUACCAUUGAUGGACAGACUGUGGCCUGCAGUGGUGGCUGCCAGGCCAUCAUUGACACUGGCACCUCCUUGAUCGUUGGCCCAACCAGUGACAUCAACAACAUAAAUUCAUGGGUUGGAGCCUCGACCAACCAGAACGGAGAAGGUACAGUGAACUGCCAAAACAUCCAGAACAUGCCUGAUGUCACCUUCACUCUCAAUGGCAACGCCUUCACCGUGCCUGCAUCUGCCUACGUCUCUCAGAAAUACUAUGGCUGCAACACUGGCUUUGGUCAGGGUGGCCCUGGCCAGCUCUGGAUCCUGGGAGAUGUCUUCAUCAGGGAGUACUACGCCAUCUUUGAUAUUCAGGCUCAGUACAUUGGUCUGGCCAAGUCUGUGUAA